UCCCCCCCUAAUCAAACUCCCCGAGACCUUCUUAAUCACCCACAAAAGCAGUUAAGCAGAGAGAGAGGGAGGGUGAAGACACAAUAGAAACUGCCGUCUUCAAGCCUCCUCCCUGCCCCAACCCAACUACUCGCACUCCUGCUCUCUCUCCCAACCCCCAUUGUGCGCCGGCGCCCACCAUUAACUGCUUCGAUUGAAUCGGUGCUCCUCUUCCUGCAACCCCCGCUUGCGCUUGGUUUAUUGGAGGAGGAGUGGUUGGAUCAGCAGCAGGCCCGUCGCCAAAGGGGUCUCCACCUCCAACCAUAUCAUGUAUCGCUGACCCUGCCCUGCCCUGUCUUUCUUUCGCGGGGAGCUGGUUCCGGCGGCAGCUGGGAGAGAGCGAGAGAGAAAGGGGCAGACCAGGCCAUGGCCUGAGCUUCCGAGUGCUGGUUGAGGGUUCUUCUUCUGCGCCCGAGUCUUACUCGCGCAGCCUUCUUUGGGGGAGGCCGCGUCGACCAGGAUGGCCGCGUCGGCGUCGGCGUCGGCGUCGGUGAAGCUGGGAUCAAAGCCUGAUGCCUUCAGAAGGCAGGGACAGGCGUGGUUCUGCACAACAGGACUGCCAAGUGAUGUUACUGUGGAAGUUGGGGGUAUGUCUUUCCACCUUCAUAAGUUCCCUUUACUUUCCAAAAGUGCCGUUCUUGAACAAUUGAUAGAGGAGAGUUCAGAUCAAGAAGAGUGCAUCAUCAAACUAAGUGAUAUCCCAGGGGGUGCAAAAUCAUUUGAAAUGGUGGCAAGAUUCUGCUAUGGAGUGAAAAUAGAACUUUCUUCUUCAAAUGUUGUCCACCUGCGUUGCGCCUCUGAGCAUCUCCAGAUGACUGAAGAAAUAUCUGAUGACAACCUGAUUGCACAGACAGAAAUGUUUCUUAACCAAGUGGUGCUUCGUAACUGGAAAGAUUCUUUAAAGGCCCUCGAAACAUGUGAUGACCUUCUCCCUCAUGCUGAAGAUCUUCAAAUUGUGAAGAGAUGCAUCGAGUCAUUAGCAUCGAAAGCAACUACCGACCCAAACCUGUUUGGCUGGCCGAUAAGGGAACAUGGCCUCAUGCAAAGCCCUGGUGGCAGUGUGCUGUGGAAUGGGAUCAGCACCGGUGCCAGGCCCAGAAACUUCAGUUCGGACUGGUGGUAUGACGAUGUUUCAUCAUUGAGUUUUCCCAUGUACAAGAGGUUGCUAUCUGGUAUGGAGUUUCGACGCAUUCGGCCUGAGAUCAUCGCUGGUUCUUUGGCAUAUUAUGCGCGGAAGUAUAUUCCAGGACUCAGUAGGCACAAUAGCAUGGGAACAAUGCCCCUGGCCGGUACUCUUUCUGAUGUAGAACAGAGGAACUUGCUUGAGGAGAUCGACAGACUAUUGCCUGUUCAGAAGGGUUUGGUGCCUACAAAACUCUUGCUCGGGCUGCUUAAAACAUCCAUGAUUCUGAAAGCCAGCUCCACCUGCAUCGCCAACUUGGAGAAACGCGUCGGCAUGCAGCUUGACCAGGCCAGUCUGGAAGAUCUACUGCUGCCAAACUACUCUUACACCAUGGAAACACUGUACAAUGUGGAGUGCGUGCACAGGAUUCUUGAGCACUUUCUGGCAAUGGACCAAGCCAACGGCGGUUGCUCCCCGUGCAUCGAUGACAUGAUGGCGUCCCCUUCUAUGAUACCAAUCACUGCUGUUGCCAAGUUACUGGAUGGCUAUCUUGCAGAGGUUGCACCGGAUGUCAAUCUGAAACCUCCGAAAUUCCAAGCCCUGGCAUCUGCUUUGCCCGAGUAUGCCCGGCCGCUAGAUGACGGCCUCUACCGUGCCAUCGAUGUGUACUUGAAGGCACAUUCCUGGCUAUCAGAAGCGGAACGGGAGCAGCUAUGCCGGCUGAUGGACUGCCAGAAGCUGUCCCUGGAGGCGUGCACCCACGCGGCGCAGAACGAGAGGCUGCCGCUGCGCGUGGUCGUGCAAGUCCUCUUCUUCGAGCAGCUGCAGCUGAGGACGUCGAUCGCGGGGUGCCUGCUGGUGUCGGACAACCUGGAAGGGUCGUCCAGGCCGCUGCGGAGCGGCUGCGUGGCGAUGUCCGGCGAGGCCGGGGGGUGGUCGGCGGCCGUGAGGGAGAACCAGGUGCUGAAGGUGGGCAUGGACAACAUGCGGAUGCGGCUGGCGGAGCUGGAGAAGGAGUGCUCGGACAUGCGGCAGGAGAUCGAGAAGCUGGGGCGCGGCGGUGGCAAGAACGGAGGAGGAGGGUGGGCGUCCCAUGUCCCGAGGCGGUUCAGCCUGAAGAUGAAGCCGCAGAUGUGCAGCACGCAGGAGGGGUCGGUGAGCGAACAGCAGAAGAGCAUGAGCGCCAAGCUCGACAAGCUGCAGGCCAAGCUGUCCAAGCAGAAGCGCCAGCUCUCCGCCCACGCCUGAAUGAAACACCAAACUCCCUACUAGUUACUCCCGUAAUUUUAAUUAACUUGGUGUGAGCUGUGUUAUAGUUUCCGUAGUCGUCGUUUAUAGGUUUAAAUGUGCUGAAACGAUUGUCAUUAUUCGUAUCAAACCAAUAGCGAUUCACACAAGCUAAAUCUUCUAAUCAAUGGUGGGCCAAUAAUGAAUUUUUUUGCAUAUGUAUUAAGACGCUUGGCCUGAUUUCGAAAUUGUCCAGAGUUUUAUAUGUUGUUUUCAUUGCAAAA